UCCGUUGAACAUUCAUAAUUCUCUCCUCUCUGCUCCAGCUACUUCUCUCUUCUACAAAAAUGGCUUCAAGAAAAGUCUUACUUCUCUUCGCUUUUACUCUUCUUCUUUCUUCCUCCGCUGUUGUCUCUCGUACAGUCUCAUCAGAAUUCACAACAUCCGUCCUCAACGUCUCCUUUGUUCUUCAACAAGCACUCGACAUCCUCUCCAUUGAACCACUAGAACAAGAAUUUGUUUCCCUCUCCGCAAUCAAUUCUUCUUCUUCUUCUUCGUUUUCACUGCCGCUUCUCUCACGUGACACCAUCUUCAAAACCCAGAUGAAAGACUACGUGGCACUACUAAACUCUCGACUAGCUCGCGACUCAGCUCGAGUCAACUCUCUGAGAAGUAAGCUUAGCCUCGCUCUCAAUCAGAUCCUCCCCGAGGAUUUGUCCACUCCCGUCGUGUCCGGGCUUAGCCAAGGCAGCGGCGAGUACUUCUCUCGGAUCGGUGUCGGGACUCCGCCCAAACAGUACUACAUGACCAUCGACACUGGCAGUGACGUUAACUGGAUUCAGUGUCAACCUUGUUCAUUUUCUAGAUGUUACCAGCAGUCCGACCCGAUUUAUAACCCGAAAUUGUCGUCGUCUUACCGUUCUCUCGGUUGUAACACCCAACAGUGUGCAGCUCUCGACAGGGCCGGGUGUAGCGGAACCACGUGCCAAUAUCAAGUGUCGUACGGUGACGGCUCUUACACUGUCGGCGAUUUUGUGACCGAAACGCUGUCGUUUGGAAACAGCGGGACCGUACCAAAUGUGGCUAUCGGUUGUGGCCAUAACAAUCAGGGGUUAUUCGCCGGAGCCGCUGGUUUAAUUGGACUCGGUGGUGGCAAGAUCUCACUCACUAGACAGGUUAAAGCGAAGUCGUUUUCUUACUGUUUGGUUGAUCGUGACUCGGCCGAUUCAGGUAGUCUAGAGUUCAACUCGGCCUUUCCCUCUGACUCAGUCCUAGCUCCGUUACUCAAAAACCCAAAACUUGAUACAUUUUAUUACGUCGGGCUCAUCGGUUUCAGCGUCGGAGGUAAGCCGGUUCAAAUACCACCGUCGGUUUUCGCAUUGGGCAGCUCAGGCAACGGUGGAGUGAUUGUCGACUGUGGGACCGCCAUAUCUCGGUUACCGACUCAGGCUUAUGUUGCACUCCGUGACUCGUUCCGUAAAUACGCGGGCAACUUAAAAUCCACUAGUGGCUUUGCUUUGUUCGACACGUGUUACGAUUUUUCUGGUUUAUCUACCGUCAGUGUCCCAACGGUGUCGUUUCUCUUCUCCGGUGGAAAAUCUUUGAAUUUACCGGCCAAAAAUUACCUUGUUCCAGUGGAUUCGAUGGGGACCUUCUGUUUCGCAUUUGCCCCAACGAGGUCGUCUCUGUCCAUUAUAGGCAACGUACAGCAGCAGCGGACACGUGUCAGCUACGACUUGGUCAAUAAUCGUGUUGGAUUCGCUCCUAGCAAAUGUUAAAGUGGUUUGAAACUUUUAAGUGAAUAAUUAUAAAUUUACCGUAAUUGGUAAAGUGAAUGUCAGAAAAACCGUUGGAUGGGAUGUUUUACCGUACUUUUAAUGCAGGAUAAUGAAAUGUGAUAAGUAGCUCUCAUAGGUGGAUGACAGUGGGAUCCACCUAAACGCUCUAUGGCAUGUAUGGUAAAUAAAAAGAAGUUGAAUGGCAAAGCAAUCAUAUCAAUAUUAAUAAAUUGUCUAUUUAUCUGUUA